AUGUCGCUGGUCAACUUCACCUUGCCGUAUCAGUCGGCAACGCCCACGCCGUUCUUCUACGGUGGACAAAACGGAGGACAUUCGACGGUGAACAACCUUCGAUUGAACGCGGUACUUCCGCCUGCACCAGCUCCAAAUUUCAAUGACCGCGAGCCAUUUCAAAAUGAGCCGUACAUACCGCCGGCCGGUUACCAGCAGCAAAAACAACAUCAGCCAACCUUCAAUCGGCAAACGAGCUCGAACACGUACGUCGAGCAUUCGUCGUUCUCGUCGACGCAGGACACCAGAUACGCGAACUACAAUCAAGACUUCAGGAGGACCCAACCACGGCAGCAACAACAGAUGAGACCUCCAGCACCACAGCCCCAGCAACAACAACAACAACAACAACAACAACAACAACAACAACAACAACAACAACAACAGCAGCAGCAACAACAACGGGUUCAAAUUGAAAGGGAUCAAAGUAACAUCAGAACCUCGAGCAUACCUGAAGAGGAGAGUUAUCCCGAAAGACCAAAUGGGUACACGAGAGUUAGCGGUGAAGGUGGUCCGGGCACUAAGACUUCGAUCCACGCUAUCCUGGAUUACGACGACGAUUUCGAGGACUACUACGACGACGAGGAGCUGGACAUACCGAGAGAUGCUCACGUCACGCCCAUUCAAGGACCAAUUUUUUUGAAAAAUGGUUCGGUCCCCGUGGUGCCAUUAUACUCGUAUCCUCAGCUAAACAAUGGGACGUUCGUCCAGAUACCGAUCCUUUGGACCGCGCUUUCGGUUGCUUUGGGAGUCGAACUCAGGGGCGAUUUGGUGCGUGGAGUACCGUGUAUUAAGAAAUAUCAUCAGCUGUUUUGUCCAACCGCAGGGAACGCAUAUCCAAUCGAACGGAUAGAGCGUUUUAUUGACGAAAAUAAAGCGUUAAUGAAGAGGAUGUACGGCGACUUCGAAAUGAGCUCGGGAUACGGUUCACCGACGAAGGAGCCCGGCCAUCGGACACGUAGACGAAGAAAAAGCAGAGAAGCUAGAAAACACGAUAUCCCGGACGGUGGACCUAGUUUUCGGGAUAUGCUAGAGCCGGAUAUCGAGGCUAACGGUGACUCGUUCUUCGCGAACGUUAGACAGACCAGGAACACUAGGCAAUCCCCUGGAAAGAAUCGUAACAACGAGACUGGAAGAAUUGACGCAUGCGAAUCGAAAGUGGAAAUCGUGACUCCAUAUUGGGCCAGUAACAGUGCUGGUAAAAUUCGUGCGAUCGUAAAUACACAGCAUUUCGAACAGGCCAUUCACCAGGAAGUUUGCUCGAAAACACAAACGAACCGUUGCACAGGCGACUGCGGCUGCGAGCAGAAGUACAAAUGGCACAGAUUACUCGCCUACGACCCUGACAACGACUGCAAAGGAAUCUUCAUGGACUGGUUCCUCUUUCCUUCUUGCUGCGUUUGCAGAUGUGACCCCGUCGCUAACAAAUUUUCCACCUCGAACACACGAAAUUGA